AUGUAUCAACAUAAUAUCGCUAGAUUCAACUACACAACCUACAAUGUAUUUCAAACCCCCAUAAUUUCCCCGGAGUUCAAUGACUAUCAGCCGUUUCAGCCACCUCUCGUUGUCCCGGAGCCAGAGCCUCCUGUGUUUGACAUACUCCUGUUUGGACGAACCCUGAUUGUCCCUGAGGUACCCCCAGUGGGGGAUUCCCGUGAUCCUUCUGUGAACAUGACUGGUUGCAUGACAAAUCUCGACAAUGUCACGCAACCUGAAGUGCAGCAAGCAGACGGUCCAGACACACUAAGCGUCAUUCAAGAGCAGUAUGCCCAGUGGAAAAUGGUCCUCGUUCACUUGAGGGUCGAGAUGACAUCUGAUGUUGCCCUUGGAAAACCCAUCAAUCUGGGCCUGCACAUGGUUAAGACAGGGGGAGUCGACAUUGAAUUGUCACAGUUCCCUUCUGUUAGCGAGGUUUAUGACGGACUUCUUGGGAUGGCUAUGGUCCUCUUCGCACAGGAAGAUGACCCAGAACUCCCGGUACUCCGGGUUUACCUCACAGAGUUUUGUAACCUGAGCAACCCAAGUCAGAUUGUGGCAGCUAUGACCCGCAGGCAUGGUUCAUGCGAACGAGCAAACCGCCAGCAUACAGCCACCACUGCUAGAACCGCUGUUGCACAGCCAUGGCCUCUAAACUUGCUUGAAAGCCCUAAACAAUCACAUAAACAGGGACGUGAAAUUCUUCCAGACUCUCUUUUGAUUACAGCAUCUGUGCUGUUUGGAUGGGUUGACUCCCUUUAUCUCAUAGCUGUCCUUCACAUAAGCCUCAGGGUCUCCGCAGUGGAGAGACGGCUCCAGCAGGAAGAGUACACUAGCAUCACCUUCCUUGUGCAAGGAGGGUGUUGCUUGAUGGAGCAGAGGAUGUAUCGAGCUCAGAUGGAAGUUUCCUUAUUUAGUAAAGCUAUUGUGAAUGUGUAUGAAGAGCUGAACACCCAAUACCACCCAUCUACAUGGCAAAGAGAAAUUCUCAGAGAUAACCCUGUCAUGCAUGUAGGAACACCCCUCUCUGUUCAUGAUGAUGCCUUGUCGGUCGAUUUUGAUCGCUCUCGAGUAUCAAAAGCUACUCGAGAAAAAUGCAAGGCAUGGCUUUCCACGUCAUGGCAGUUUCAGAUGAAUUUCCCACAAACUCGAGAAGUUUACGAACAUGUCUCAAAGGUGCCGUGGUUCGAACCUGAUCAAUGGUCUGGUUCCACGACAGUCUGGUCCACUGCGACACCAUCGAACAUGACCGAACCGAAGAUUCAUUCUGAGUUGGUUCCAGAAGAUUUUCUUCCAUUGUUUAAUGCGACAUUCUCAUCAGAUGCGAAGACAAGUUCGAGCGUCUCAUUGCUCUUUGUCCUGCUAUUACCCGCUUCACAACUCUCCCGGAUGGAGAGUUCUGAGGCAUCAAAGUUUCGAAAGAAGUCUUAUCAAGGCUUCAAACUCGAACGUGCAGACUGGAAAGUCCAUGAUGUUCUCAAGAGAUUGAUGGCAAGUGAUGGAUGGUACAUGUCAGUUACCGAUGCCAUCCAACAGGGACUCAAGAAUGUCGAAAAAUAUUGCAAGAAGGCAAGUGAAUUGGACAUUUACCCCAUCUGUCUCAUAUACCACCGUGAACCAAGCCAGCCUAGUUACAUCGGUGGUCACGUCUGCAAAACCAGGGAAGCAUGA